AUGAGGACCGGCUUCGUCUUGGGCCGGCUCUGUGGGCGCGCUCUAUUUCGACCACAUCCAGCGCUGCGGCAGACGAGACUGCACGGCUGGAUUCACACUGCGAGACAGACGGCAUGGAGAGGCGGAGAACGGCCGAGGGCCAGGGUAGCGCUGUGCUCUUCGGCCGGCGCCGCCGCUCUGGGCGCGGGGGCUUUCAUCCAGCUCUCCCAGGAGAACAAUGGCGAGAGCGACAAGACGGGCGAGCAUCGCAUGUUGGAGGCUUCGCGCGAGGAGAUUCGGAAAACUGUCCGCGAUGACGAGCGAGGCGUCUCCCGGCUUGUGCACCAGGUCCUGCUCUUCUGGGAUCUCUACGUCUGGGAGCCCAUCUGCACCGGCACACGGUUCCUACACCUCGUCGUCAUCUUCGUGCCGGUCAUUCUCUCGGUCCCUGCCAUCUGGCUUGGGCGGCGGCAUCCCGACAAGGACGGCGAGAGGAGCGGCACUCUCUGGUGGUAUGGCUUUCUCGUCAAGUCCAUGGAGCUGGCGGGCCCUGCCUUCAUCAAGCUCGGCCAGUGGGCGGCGUCGAGGACCGACAUCUUCCCUACGGCCAUGUGCGACGCCAUGUCCAAGCUGCAUUCGAAUGCGCCGGCCCACUCCAUGCGCGUUACCAGGAAGACGGUCGAGGCUGCGUUCAAUGGACGUUCUUUCGAUGACAUUUUUGACGAGUUCCACGAGACACCCCUUGGAGUUGGCGCAAUCGCCCAGGUCUACAAAGCAAAGCUCAAGCCCGAUCUCGCCUUGCCACAGGAGCAGGACGUCAUUUCCAAGGAGCCACGACCUCUUACUCAGAAUGUGAAGCAACGCGUGAUUACUGUUCUGAAGAGCUCUCCCAACCAAGUCCCAUCGACAUAUGUCGCCGUCAAGGUACUGCAUCCCAACGUCGAGCGCAUCGUGCGGCGGGAUCUGAGAAUCAUGGGCUUCUUCGCUACCCUACUCAACGCUAUCCCCACGAUUGAGUGGCUAUCCCUGCCGGAUGAGGUUGCCCAGUUUGGGGAGAUGAUGAAGCUCCAGCUAGAUCUACGCAUAGAGGCCGCCAACCUGGAGAUGUUUAGAAAGAAUUUCAAAGACAGGACGACAGCCUCAUUCCCCUUCCCCUAUCACGAGUUUACUACCCGCAACGUCCUCAUCGAGGAAUUUGCACAGGGCAUCCCUCUGGCAGACUUUAUGGAAAACGGAGGCGGCGUCUUCCAGCAUGACAUUGCUGAUGAGGGACUAGAUGCCUUUUUGCGGAUGCUGCUGCUAGACAACUUUGUCCACGCCGACUUGCACCCGGGUAACAUCAUGGUCCGCUUCUACCAAUCUGCACAUCCAAAUCUUCGACUGCGCCGGUCUUCCGACAAACCGUCCACCUCAGACAGCAAUGACCGCCACCUCGACGUCACAGAGCAGGUUCUGGAACGGCUACGCCCACAUCGACACCGCAAGGAUAAAGCAGCAUGGGAGGCCGAGCUGGCCAAGCUCGAUGCGGAGGGGUAUCGUCCGCAGCUCAUCUUCAUAGACACGGGUCUCGUGACGGAGCUGAACGCAGUCAAUCGCGACAACUUCUUGGCCUUGUUCCGAGCCGUGGCCGAGUUUGACGGUUACAAAGCCGGCCAUCUCAUGUGUGAGCGAUGCCGCCAGCCCGAGGCCGUCAUCGACAAGGAGAUAUUCGCCCUCAAGAUGCAGCACCUCGUCCUCAGCGUCAAGAGCCGCACCCUCGCUCUCGGAAACGUCAAGAUCGGUGACAUCUUGCAGCAGGUGCUCUCCAUGGUGCGCAACCAUCACGUCCGCCUGGAGGGCGACUUUGUCAACGUGGUGAUCAGCAUUCUGCUCCUGGAAGGCAUCGGGCGGAGUCUGAACCCUGAUGUGGACCUGCUGAGCACCUCGCUGCCCAUUCUGAGACAGCUGAGCGCUCAGAGCGGCGCGGAAAUGGCCAAGCACGGCGACUUUUCGAUGAUUAUGCUGUGGAUGGGUUUGGAGACGAGGAAGUUUUUGCAGGCUAGCGUUGAUGAUGUGGAACGAUGUGUCAAAUACGAUCUCCUAUCUCCCAAUGUGUAA